CGCCCGCGGCAGCCCGGACGGCGCGCGUCGCCUCGCGCUGGUCCUCAGGCCAACCAGCGCUGGCCCGAGCGGCGCGAGCACGGGACGGGCCCCGGCUUCCCACUCGGGCCGACGGGCUCGUGGGUUCGUUCGCCCCGCCCCCUCCCCACAGCGCCGCCGCUGGGCGCUUGCGCGGGGCGCGUGGCCGUGGCCGGGGUCUCCGCCGCAGCCCGAGCAGCCGCCUCCGCCUCAGUCAGUCAGUCAGUCAGUCAGUCCCCAGCAAUGGCGGAAGGAGGUGAGCGAGAGGAGCUGCUUUCGCCGCCGCCGAUCUCUCCGGCCAAGAGGCUGUGCUCUUGGCCCAGCCCGCAAGCUCACCACCCCCGCGGGACUCCCGGGGCAGCCGGCGGAGGGGCGGGGGUCGGCGGCGGCGGCUGCCUGGCCCCCGGGGCCCGCCCCCACCUGCAGCCCGAGUCCUUGCUGGACUGCGCCGCCAAGACGGUGGCGGAAAAGUGGGCGUACGAGCGGGUGGAGGAGCGCUUCGAGCGGAUCCCAGAGCCGGUGCAGCGCCGCAUCGUCUACUGGUCCUUCCCGCGGAAUGAGCGGGAGAUCUGCAUGUACUCCAGCUUCCAGUACCGGGGCGGCCCGAGCGCCGGCGCGGCUGCCGGAGCGGCGGGGGCUUCGCCGGUCGAAGAGGGGCCGCCGCCACCCUCUGGGGCCGCCGCUCCGGCCGGCUCCGCCCCCGGGGCCGCCGGGGCGGGCGCGUCCCCCGGGCUGGGCUCUGGGACUGGAGCGGCGAGCGGCGGCUGCGGCGGCGGCGAGGGGCUGCCGUUCCGCCGGGGCAUCCGUCUGCUGGACAGCGGCUCCGUGGAGAACGUGCUGCAAGUCGGCUUCCAUCUGAGUGGCACAGUGACGGAACCAGCCACUGCUUCUGAACCAGCAGUGACUUACAAAGUUGCAAUCAGUUUUGAUCGAUGCAAAAUCACUUCUGUGAGCUGCGGCUGUGGGAAUAAGGACAUUUUCUACUGUGCUCACGUGGUAGCACUCUCUCUCUACAGGAUCCGGAAACCAGACCAAGUCAAACUUCGUCUUCCUAUCUCAGAAACCCUUUUCCAGAUGAACAGGGACCAGCUACAGAAGUUUAUUCAAUAUUUAAUCACAGCACACCACACUGAAGUUCUUCCUACUGCACAAAAGCUGGCAGAUGAGAUUCUGUCCUCCAACUCAGAAAUCAACCAAGUGAAUGGUGCCCCUGACCCCACAGCUGGGGCCAGCAUCGACGAUGACAACUGUUGGCAUUUGGAUGAAGAACAGGUGAAAGAACAAGUGAAGCUUUUUCUCUCCCAGGGGGGUUACUACGGCUCUGGCAAGCAGCUCAAUUCAAUGUUUGCCAAGGUUCGAGAGAUGCUUCGGAUGAGAGAUUCCAAUGGAGCUAGGAUGCUGACACUUAUCACUGAGCAAUUUAUGGCUGAUCCACGACUCACCCUCUGGAGGCAGCAAGGAACAAGCAUGACAGACAAGUGCAGGCAGCUCUGGGAUGAGCUAGGGGCUUUAUGGGUGUGCAUAAUUUUAAAUCCACACUGCAAACUGGAAGAAAAAUCUUGUUGGCUUCAGCAACUGCAGAAGUGGAGUGACCUGGAUAUCUGUCCCCUGGAGGAUGGAAACUAUGGACACGAGCUGCCCAACAUUACCAAUGCACUUUCCCAGAGUGCCAGCCACAGCCCAGACUCUUUAUCCAGACCAAGACGAACAGUCUUCACUAGAGCCAUUGAAGGUCGAGAGUUACAUUGGCAGGACAGCCACCUACAACGAAUAAUCAGCAGUGAUAUCUACACAGCUCCUGCCUGCCAGCGGGAAAAUGAGCGACUACUCUUUAAUUCCCAUGGCCAGCCACUAUGGCUUGAGCAUGUGCCUACAGCCUGUGCUCGGGUUGAUGCGCUUCGAUCUCAUGGUUAUCCAAAAGAGGCUCUCAGACUCACGGUGGCCAUCAUUAAUACUCUGAGGCUGCAGCAGCAGCGGCAGCUAGAGAUCUACAAACAUCAGAAGAAAGAGCUGUUGCAGAGAGGAACGACAACAAUCACAAACCUGGAGGGCUGGGUGGGCCAUCCCCUGGAUCCCAUUGGCUGCCUGUUUCUCACUUUGACUGAGGCCUGCCGUCUGAAUGAUGACAGCUACAUGGAGAUGUCAGAUAUGAAUGAAAGCAGACUUCCUGUGUACCAGCACGUACCUGUGGCUUCAGGCUGCCCAAACAGCAAUGAGUCAUACCUGUCAUUGGCCCUGGAAGUUGCUCUGAUGGGCAUGGGUCAACAGAGGGUGAUGCCUGAAGGCCUCUAUGCACAGGACAAGGUAUGCCGUAAUGAGGAGCAACUCCUAAGCCAACUCCAGGAACUGCAGCUGGAUGACGAGCUAGUACAGACACUGCGGAAACAGUGCAUCUUACUACUGGAAGGAGGCCCCUUCAGCGGCCUAGGAGAAGUCAUCCACCGGGAGAGUGUUCCCAUGCACACCUUUGCAAAGUAUUUGUUCUCAGCACUGCUGCCUCAUGAUCCAGACCUGUCUUACAAGUUAGCCUUACGUGCCAUGAGGUUACCUGUUCUAGAAAACUCGUCUUCUGCAGGCGACACUUCCCACCCCCAUCACAUGGUGUCAGUGGUGCCCAGCCGUUAUCCUCGCUGGUUUACUCUUGGACACUUGGAAUCACAGCAGUGUGAACUGGCCUCCACCAUGCUGACUGCUGCCAAAGGGGAUACGCUGAGGCUACGAACUAUCCUGGAAGCAAUACAGAAGCACAUCCAUUCUUCCUCCCUCAUCUUCAAACUAGCUCAAGAUGCAUUCAAGAUUGCUACUCCCACAGACAGCAGUACAGACAACACCCUGCUCAACGUAGCCCUGGAGCUGGGGUUACAGGUGAUGCGGAUGACCUUAUCAACCCUUAACUGGAGGCGCCGAGAGAUGGUUCGAUGGCUGGUUACUUGUGCUACAGAAGUGGGUGUGCGGGCCCUGGUGAGCAUCUUGCAGAGCUGGUACACACUCUUCACCCCAACUGAGGCUACAAGUAUUGUGGCUGCCACAGCUGUUUCCCACACCACUAUCCUGCGCCUCAGCCUUGACUACCCGCAGCGGGAGGAACUGGCUAGCUGUGCUCGCACACUGGCCCUACAAUGUGCUAUGAAGGAUCCACAGAGCUGUGCCUUGUCAGCUCUUACACUUUGUGAGAAAGACCACAUUGCCUUUGAGGCAGCCUACCAGAUUGCCAUUGAUGCUGCUGCCGGUGGCAUGACUCAUUCACAGCUGUUCACCAUUGCCCGCUACAUGGAGCUCCGUGGCUACCCGCUACGUGCCUUCAAGCUGGCCUCACUGGCCAUGAGCCAUCUUAACCUGGCCUACAACCAGGACACCCAUCCAGCCAUCAAUGAUGUGCUCUGGGCUUGUGCUCUCAGCCACUCUCUGGGCAAGAAUGAACUGGCAGCUCUCAUCCCCCUGGUGGUGAAGAGUGUGCACUGUGCCACCGUGCUUUCUGAUAUCCUACGUCGGUGCACAGUGACUGCACCAGGCCUGGCAGGCAUCCCAGGCCGUCGCAGCUCUGGAAAGCUCAUGUCAACUGACAAAGCUCCACUGCGCCAGUUACUGGAUGCAACCAUCAAUGCCUAUAUCAACACCACACACUCCCGCCUGACACACAUCAGUCCCCGCCACUAUGGAGAGUUCAUUGAGUUUCUGAGCAAGGCCCGUGAGACCUUCCUACUGCCCCAGGAUGGUCACUUGCAAUUUGCCCAAUUCAUUGACAACCUCAAACAGAUAUACAAAGGCAAGAAGAAACUGAUGCUGCUUGUUCGAGAGCGCUUUGGCUGAGAAAGUGGAUAACUUGCUGCUAGGGCAGCCUGGGCUCCGAGGUCAGGACAAGGACUCUGAAACAUCUACCCUGAGAGGACUCAUCACUUGUGGCUGAGCCAAAAGUACCACAGACCUAAGGAUGAGGGGAGUCCAACUGUAGCCAGUAUUCCUGCCUUGGAAAGCUUCUCACUCCAGCUCUACUGUUCUGGAUGAGCUGGACCCUGCAGACCGGUCAGAAGCCCCCACAACAUGUCACCUCACGCCCCUGUAUCCUGCGUGUCCUGGCCAUUGGCCCCACUCCCUUGGCAAACACAGAACACUGUUCCGUCUCAGGGAUUGCUUAACCAGAAAAAACAGAAGCAUUUAUGGUACUGUAAAUACUAUAGUUUAUGUGUUGUCAAGCAUUGUAAAGCUGUAACUAUUUAUAAUUCUGACUCUGAUUUGACGGGCACUUAAAGUAGCUGUGGGUGGGAGGAUAGGCUUGUUUUCUGAGGAGACUCAUAACCAUUUCUCAGGUUUCCCGUACAAAGUAUAUGCUGUUGGCAGUGGAUAAGUGGGGGCAGCAGGGAGAAAAAUGGAUAGUUAAAAUCCGAGCCUUGUCUGUGCAGAAACUGUGGCCUGACAAUAGGACAACUAGCCUAGUGGUCAUUGAGGAGCAGAGGUCACCAGUGGGCUUAGAUAUUUGUCUCACAAACUUGUGAACACUGAAGCUCCUGCCUCUGCCUCACACUCAGGAGCCUGAUGAACACCUGAAUAAUAAUAACAAGUGCAGGGAGAAGACAAAGGUCCAGGAAGCCACUGAGCUUAUAAGAUACAUCUGUUCUGGUCACCUUUAUGUUAGAGAAUCUGCUUUCAUCUCCAAUCUGUAUGUGUGUAUAUCUGUAUGAACAUGUGUCUGUGUAUAAAGAUACACAUGUGCAUGCCUGUGUCAGUGUUAAUUGUGUGACAUGUGUUAGACUGGGUUCCAUUUGUGUGUGAUAAUGCAUACCUAAGUGUUAAGUGUACUCAUGUCUUCAUGUUUAGUGUAUGUGUGUAUCUAGGCUCACACGGGUACCUGUGUAUAAACAUGUUUGUGUCUGAGUGUAUGCCUGCUGACCAUGAUGUGUCUUUUAUGUGAGCGGUCUCUACAUGUAGUCGGUCAGUAACUUCACACUUGAGGAUCUGCAUGAGUGUGCCUUCUUCCUGCCACCUCUCUCUUGCCCAUCCAUUCCUUAUUUUCUUGCUAGCUGAGCACUGUUACGCAUCUCUGUGCCUCCUCUGUUUACCUUCUCUCAGCAGACACAUUUCUAAGCAUGUGUCCCUCUGCCCUUAAGACCGGCCACUUUUGCUCCAUGGUUCUUUUUAAACACAAACAUGAUUUCUUCCUCCAACUCUCUACCUCAAACUUCCUCUGCCUACUUUGAUCAUAAUCCCAUUGGUAGCUCAUUUGGAGGCUGAGGCUGGUAUUCCUGUAGACUUGCCCUUCCUAAUUUCUAGUUCUAGCUGAUAAGCCCCAUCUUAGCCCAUGCCGACCUCCACAGUGUAUCAUGUUUGUACUACUUCAUGACCCCUAUGCUUAGCCUGGAAUUAUAGGAGGUAGCAAGGGCAUUCAGAAGACUCAGUUGGAUACCAGUGUCUUCACUGUUUACUGUUUUGUAUCUUAGUUCCUGAGUUGGGUGGGGUUUGAUAGGGAAGGGGUGGUGUAGCUAGAGUAUGGACUAAGGACCUUUCUGUCAGAUUUACUUUAUUUUUUCUCUUUGAAAACUACUUGUCAUCUUUUUUAUUCCAAGCCGACCAGUAAGUUGUAUUCACUAUUUGUGGCUACUAACGUGUCACUGUCCAGUCAAGGGCCCUAUACUGUCUCAGCCCAAUGGGUUGGCAAAAAAAGCCACUCCCGUUUCUGUAUCAUGAUUGCCCUUUUUUAGCAAGUAUGUGAACUCAGUGCUUUUCUAUGAAUAAAUCAUGGAUCCCAAAAAAGAUUUUUCUAAAAGCA